ACUCGAUGCGGGGAGGCAAAAAGAUGGCCACAUUGGGCCCAAGCUCCUCUGCAGCACUCGGACCCCAUGUUAUCCGCUCAGCGGUGUUAUUGGAACCCGGUGAGCUCAUAACCCACGGGAUGUGCUGAUGAGAGAUUAAAUAAAGAUUUUUUUCCAAUUAAGUUACUCAGCACAGUCAUAAUCAACGCAACUGUACUGCGUUCUCUUUAUCAAAUGUUUGCAAACCCUAUCUGGAUUUACAAAUUUUUUUAAUUUGCGCACAAAUCUUAUCAUAUUAGAGCUGAAGUAGAUUUUAACGAUUUAUACUAGCCCAUUAACACGAAUAUAUUAUCAGUUAUCUACAAUGUUACAAUUUGAAAUGAUAAGAAUUAUUUUUUCUUGAUCCUGUUUUUAGUCAAGUAGCACCAGCGAUCCGAACAUGGCGGCAUCUUCUAGCGUAGUUUUUCUAGUUUUUCUUCAGUGUCUCUUCUUGACGGUUGAUGGAUUGAAUUUAACAAUCGAAGACACUUUAUAUUAUCUGGAAACAAAUAUACGGCUUACCUGGAAUGACGCAAAGGCUGAAUGCUCUAAUAAAGACAUGACUUUAGUUUCCUUUGAAACCCUAGAUGAAUUUCGGAUCGUCACUGAAUAUUUACACGGAACAAGAUAUGAUCUUCUGUGGAUUUGGACUGGUGGAAGAUCGGUGGCUCAAGGCUGGGAAUGGGACUCGGGAGAGCCUUUUUACGCCAAUCAAUCCGCUUGGGGAGAAUUUCAGCCAAAUAAGCAGAUGAGCUGCAUAAAUUUUUCUGGAAGCUACAGCGCCUGGGAUGACGACGAUUGCACUUACAACCUGGCAUACAUGUGCGAAGAAAUCCACUACGAGCAGACAACUACAACAACAGAAGAAACCACAGAAACUACCACAAAUAGCGGAACGACCGAAAAUAGCGGAACGACCGGAAAUAGCGGAACGACCGAAAAUAGCGGAACGACCGAAGACACCACAACGACUACCGGAUCCAUCGACCUCUAGGUCAAUAGGAAUCUCCAGCAGACGAAGGAUUAACAUUGUUUAAUUACCUUAAAAUCAUGCUUGUGUCUGAGAUCGACAAUAGUAAUAAAAAAUCAAGAAGUACA